AUGGACAAAGAGUGGACUAAAUUUCCGUGGUUUAGUCAAGAGUACAUCAACGGUGUUACUCGAUUUUUAGACUUUGCCUUCACUAAUGGAAGACCUCAAGGAGAUGAGCUUCUAUGCCCUUGUGCUAAGUGUAAAAAUUUAUAUUGGAAAACAAGGGAUAUUAUUAAGGAUCACCUAAUAGCCAAAGGUUUUCUAAACGGUUAUGACGUUUGGUUGCACCAUGGGGAGAAACUACAAAGGUCUAUGGAAAUUGGUGAUGGGAUGGAAGAUCAAGAGGGAUCACAUGAUGACAUUCCUGGCUUAUUGCAUGAUAUAUAUGGAGAUAGGGCAGAAGCACACGGAGUUCACGAAGGUCCCAAUGACGAGGCUAUAACGUUUUACAAUUUGAUUAAAGAGGCGGAACAAGAACUGUACCCUGGAUGCAAAGACUUUUCUUCGUUAUCAUUCACGAUUCGACUCUACUUGUUGAAAUGUCUCCACGGCUGGAGCAAUACGUCAUUCACUGCCCUAUUAGAAUUGUUGAAAGAAGCAAUGCCUGAUUUGAACAUUCCGGUAUCAUUUUACAAGACAAAAUCCAUGAUAAGUGGUUUAGGCCUUGAUUAUAAGAAGAUAGAUGCCCGCCCAAAUGAUUGCAUGCUAUUUUGGAAGGAGCAUGAAAAGGACAAUUCUUGCACUAAUUGUGAAGCUUCACGGUGGAAACAAAAUAUUCCAACUGAAGGAUGCGAGUCUGAGCAACCAAAAAAUGACUGUAGAGUUCCUGCAAAAGUUUUGAGGCACUUUCCGUUGAUUCCUAGACUACAAAGGUUGUUCAUGUGCUCAAAGACAGCUGAGUCAAUGAGAUGGCAUGGAGAAGAGCUCUCAAAGGAUGGGAAAUUGAGGCAUCCUGCUGAUGGUAAAGCGUGGAAGGACUUUGAUGAGCUCCAUCCAGAUUUUUCUAGUGAGUCCCACAAUGUAAGACUUGGCUUAACAAGUGAUGGGCUUAAUACAUUUAGGACAAUGAGCUUAUCUCAUAGUACAUGGCCUGUCUUGAUGAUGGUAUACAACACACCACCUUGGCUGUCCAUGAAACCUGAAUAUACAAUGUUGUCAUUGUUGAUUCCUGGACCAAAAUCUCCAGGCAACGAUAUCGAUGUUUACCUCCAACCACUGAUAGAGGAGCUAAAGGAGUUAUGGGAAUCCGGCAUAGAGACAUAUGAUUCUUCAAUGAAUCAAACUUUUCAAAUGCGUGCAGCUCUUUUGUGA